UCCCCUCUCGUUCUGCCCUCCUCCUCCUCUGGGCUGAAACUGGCUGCAGCUGGAGUCAAACUGUCGCCACACACUCACUCAGUCUCUGCUCUCUGCUGUAUGAUGAUGUCUGGGCUGGCUGUUGGCCGCCUGCUGCUGCUGCUCGCAUGCCUGGCUCUGCCUCUGUAUGGCGUGGAAAAGGUGAGAAAUAGAGGAUACCGAAAGGAUCCCGACGCAGACAAGUGCAAUGGUGGAAAUGAUGCAGAAAAGGCCAACUGCACUAGUCACUCUGGAGAGAGGAGAUCUGCUCAUUUGAGCAACACGUUCGGCAGCUGCAUGCAGGGGCCAGGAGGCCCCACUGGCAGAGAAGGUAACCCUGGGGCCAACGGCAUUCCGGGGACACCGGGCAUCCCUGGCCGCGACGGGCUCAAAGGUGAGAAAGGCGAGUGCAUCAGCGAGAUCUUCGAGGAACCCUGGAAGCCCAACUACAAGCAGUGUGCCUGGAACUCUCUGAAUUAUGGGAUCGACCUGGGUAAAGUGGCAGACUGUACGUUCACCAAGAUGCGUUCAGACAGCGCCCUCAGAGUCCUCUUCAGUGGCUCCCUCAGACUCAAGUGUAAGAACGCGUGCUGCCAGAGGUGGUACUUCACCUUCAACGGAGCCGAGUGUACUGGACCCCUGCCCAUAGAGUCAAUCAUCUACUUAGACCAGGGAAGCCCAGAGCUUAACUCAACCAUCAACAUUCACAGAACGUCCUCAGUUGAAGGCCUGUGCGAGGGCGUUAAAGCUGGGCUGGUAGAUGUGGCCGUGUGGGUGGGGACCUGCGCUGACUACCCCAGAGGUGACGCAUCUACAGGCUGGAACUCAGUAUCCAGGGUCAUCAUUGAGGAAAUGCCUAAAUAAAUAAAAACAAACAGUCGUGGCAGUGUAGUAUGUUUUCUGGCCCUCCAAAAUGAUCAGGUAUGGUUUUUGCUGAGGCGUCACAGCAUCACUGAUUGUAACUUGAAUGUUUUUUCUUCUCUUUUAUCUUGUUGGAGUACGACACUAGAUGACAAGCCUACAAACAAGAAUACUGUGUCAUUCUGUCCACCAGAAGUAAACAUUGUACUGUAGCUACUCUUCUUGUGGGUGCUGUUACAUUCCAGUAACCGAUUAACAGACUUUGUGACAAGACAUUGACAAUAUUUAAACUAUGUACUCAUAUGACCUGUUCAAAUUGUUACUGUUAAUAAAACAAUCCUUUUUGUAAAGAA